CUUCGGAUUCACGAAAUGUCGGCCAUGUCGUUCGACCAAAAUCGAAGAGAAUUUCUGUCGUUUCCUUAAGAAGUGUUGAGUGACCAUUUUUCUAGUUUGUGCCUUUGUGCCCUCUGCGGUUUCCGUCUUACAAAUAUGUUUACAUGAAUAUCAACUCUGGAUACUCACAGAGCUAUGAAUAUCUCUGAACAGUCCGUCCAAUACAUCUGGGAGUUCCCUAACCUCACAUUCUUGGAUUUCAACUACACCAACACCACAGAUCCCGCCAGAGAUGCUUGGGAGCACUGGAGCUCCCUCAUGCAAGACAGGGCCAUUGUUGUCUCCCUACUACUCCUCUUCUCCUUGACCACCGUUUUCGGCAACAUGCUGGUGAUUCUUGCUGUAGUGAGGGAGAGAUACCUGCACACCCCUACAAAUUACUUCAUAACCUCACUGGCGGUAGCGGACUGCUUGGUGGGCCUGGUGGUGAUGCCUUUCAGCGCUCUGUAUGAAGUGCUAGAGCACACGUGGUUUUUCGGUACGGAUUGGUGCGACAUCUGGCGUUCGUUGGACGUACUUUUUAGCACAGCUUCCAUUUUGAACCUAUGCGUUAUCUCCUUGGACCGAUACUGGGCGAUAACGGAUCCGAUAACGUAUCCUAUGCGUAUGACCAGGGUACGUUCGGUGCUCCUGAUCGCAGGGGUGUGGGUGUGUUCCAGUGCUAUAUCUUUUCCGGCGAUAGUAUGGUGGCGAGCCGUGAGAACUGAACCCGUUCCCCCGUUCAAGUGUCCGUUCACGGAACAUUUAGGUUAUUUAAUAUUUUCCUCGACAAUUUCGUUCUACCUCCCCUUGUUCGUGAUGGUGUUCACUUACUACCGUAUAUACAGGGCGGCCGCCGCGCAAACGAGAUCUCUGCGACUCGGAACCAAACAAAUACUGUUGGGCUCGGGCGAACUGGAACUGACACUUAGAAUACACCGUGGCGGAACUUGUAAGAUACCGGAGACCAGACAGUUCUCCGGACAGGAAGACGAACCCUUGACUGCUCUGGCGAAUAACGGACUGACGCGACUCGCAUCUAGCCGCGGAGUGAAUAGCAAGAACUUCUCGUUGUCCAGGAAGUUGGCGAAGUUUGCCAAGGAGAAGAAAGCUGCUAAGACGUUGGGUAUUGUUAUGGGCGUGUUCAUAGUGUGCUGGUUGCCGUUUUUCGUUGUGAACUUGUUGUCCGGAUUUUGUUCGGAUUGUAUCUGGCAAGAGGAGACUGUGCUGGCGGUGGUGACAUGGCUGGGAUGGGUGAACUCCAGCAUGAAUCCAGUGAUAUACGCGUGUUGGAGCAGAGACUUCAGAAGGGCAUUCCUAAGGAUUUUAUGUGUCUGUUGUCCAAGGAGAGUUAGACGUAAAUACCAUCCGGCCUUCAGAAGCAAGCCAAGUCAGUACUACCAUAAUUCUCACAACGUUCUCAGUGAGAGUACUCCCAGCGUUACUUACUCAACCGUUGGACAACAUGAACUGCACCUCUUGUGACGUCACGCCAGAAACCAACUUCCAUCUCCUGUUUCAACUCAGGCUAUGGUUCUUCCUGGUUCUCCAACACAUCGUGUUUUACACUCUUGUUCACCCUCACCAAGCUCGCUCAGAAUUUCUUAAAAUAUUGUAUAUAUUUUAUUGUACAUACUAGGUAAUGUCAGUCGUGGAAAUUUUGUUAGGCAAUCAUGAGCUCUCUGUAGUAUAUAGUUUUUCCAAUCCGAAUAUGAUGUUGAGUAAUUGUUGAAUCAUCCGUAAUGUAAUCAUUGUUUUAGUAUUUAUAUACACGGAGUGAAUGAGUCCUAUUAACUUCUCUGUGUUUUCAAACAAUCAAAUUGAUAUUAAAAUUCCGUGUUUGAGUGGAGGGACACAUAAAAUUAAAUACCUAAUAAUAAUAAAUAUCCAUUAUGUUCAGCACUCUAUACUGAUUUUCGCCAAGUUCUCAUCAGGAACUGUUGAUUGUUGAACAAACAUGUCUAGAUAUAGUAGGUAAUUUUUUGUUCAUAUUUGACUGUGAUAUCGUUAUUUAGUUAAUUUAAGAUAUGAGUCUAGAAAAUGGCGCAUGUAUAUGAGAAUCCUCCUAUAUUAUUGACUAAAAAGAAUUAGUUUGUUUCAAACAAUUCAUGUAAAUAAAUAUAAUAUUAAAUCAAGACAAACCUGAUUUCCUCCGUAAAGAAAAUAAGGAGUUGUUUCAAUCAAAAAUUCUUCUAACUGAGUUAUCAAGAAUUAUGGCAGCCCGCAGAAAAAUUUUGGGGGAGUUAACAGAAAAAUACAUUUUAGAGGUCCUAUAAUUGUUCAAUUAAAUCUUGGUCCAUUAUCAAUAGGAUAUUUUAAUUACAUAUCGAAAUGUAUCCAUAUGUAAGUAUAUGGCGAUUAUUUUAGGUUAUCUGUGUAUUUUUACUUCUGUUUAUUUGUGUUCGUAAUUUCUCUACUGAGUCGAUUAUAUUCUACUUCAUACUUCAAUGGUCGAAUGGUUUAAAUAUGUUCAUUUGUCCCUUAGUUUGUGUGUUCUUGAAGAACUAUUUCUCAAGCGACUUAUGAUCACAAAAGACGAUAAAAUGUUUAUUUUCUUGUUUAUCGUCCCUCAGGGGAAUACAAACGGUCAUUUGUUGUUGUAAGCGGUUGCGACCGACAAUUCUGAUAAUAGGUCCUCUAAAACGAUACUGAUUUCUGCAGGCGACCAUGAAAUGAAUAAGGAAUUAUUCAUUAUUAUUUCUAACACACAAAACCAUAUUUCAACUGAAGAAGUGAACGUUUUUAUGGUCAAUCAUCUUUCGCUAUAAGUAAAAUUCCUGUAUUUUUAUAAUUACCCAGUCGUUUUGUACAUAAUCCAAACAAUACAUAUUUAAUGUUCAGUCAUCAACUACCUGCUAUGAAGCUAUCUGAACGUGCAAAACAUCAUUACUCUAGAAAUGAUAAGUAGAGGUUUCUUUCCAAUUGAAAUUGGCGAGUUGUACAGUCGAAAAAAUUAAACGUUAUAUAAAAUUUAGAUUCCUAUUUUUCUCAGUAGUAGAUGAAUACUGUUCGAAUUGAUGUAAAAUUGAGUUUUAUCAUCAUAAUAUGCA